CCUGGGGCUCCUACUGGCAUGUUGGAUGAGAAUCACACAAUGGAUUCAGCCUGCAGGCCAGCUUCAUGCAUCUUGGUAUCUCAGGCCUCAUCAAUCUGAAGGAUGAAGUCCGCUACUUUGGUUUUAUUCAUCGUUGGCUUCCAUGUGUCUCUGGCUUUCAAGAUUUGUGCCUUUAAUGUUAAAAGCUUUGGAGAGGCCAAAGCAGCUAACAAACAAGUUAUGGACAUUUUGAUUAAGAUCAUUUCUCGGUGUGACGUGUGUCUGAUUCAGGAGGUUCGAGACUCCAAAGGCGAGGCUGUCCGGGUGCUAAUCGAGGGACUAAACAGGUUUGAUAAGCUGCACAGCUACACCUUUUUGGGGAGCGAGAGGCUCGGCCGGAACUCUUACAAAGAACAAUAUGUCUUUAUAUUCAGGAGUGAUGUGGUGCAGGUCCGAGCCUUCUAUCAAUAUCCCAGUACCACACAGGGGGACUCGGACACUUUCUCCAGAGAGCCUUUCAUCGUAUGGUUUCACUCGCCACAUACUGCAGUGAAAGACUUUGUUCUCAUUGCACAGCACACUUCUCCAAAGGUUGCUGUCCGAGAGAUCGAUGAGCUGUUCAAAGUCUUUGAAAGUGUGAAGGAGCGCUGGAAGACACAGAAUAUCAUGUUUCUAGGGGAUCUGAAUGCCGCUUGCAGUUAUGUUACUGCCAAGGACUGGGAAAGCAUCAGACUGAGAAAACACCCCAGCUUCUACUGGCUGAUUGGGGACGAGGAGGACACCACAGUUAGCGAGAAGACACACUGUGCUUAUGACAGGAUUGUAGUUCAUGGGAAGGAGUUCCUCAACGGAAUAAUAGCCAAAUCAGCAAAGCCCUUCAACUUUAAGAAGAAAUACAGACUUUCUGAAGAAGAUGCUAAAGAGGUGAGUGACCACUUCCCAGUCGAAGUAGACCUGAUAGCUCGUUCAAGAGGGCAUCACCACAGUGAGCUCUGAU